AUGCCGGGAGAUUAUCUGUGGUUCGAAGGGAUCCCUUUUCCUCCUCGGUUUUAUUCAUCUGAAGUGUUAAGAAAAGUACGUGAUGAGUUUGUAAUGAGGGAUGAAGAUACAAUAAUAGUGACUUUCCCUAAAUCAGGAACACACUGGUUGAUUGAGAUUCUCUGCUUGAUUCAGAACAAGGGAGAUCCUACAUGGAACCAUACUGUGCCCUUCGGCGAGCGAUCACCCUGGGUUGAAACCUGCCCAGGGUACUCAUUAGUAAACACCAUGAAGGACCCACGGCUCUUCACCUCUCACCUCCCCAUCCAGCUCUUCCCCAAGUCCUUCUCCAGUACCAAGGCCAAGGUGAUUUAUGCCAUCAGAAACCCUAGAGAUGCUCUUGUAUCUGGUUAUUAUUUCUCUUCUAACUCAAAUUUCAUUAAGAAACCAAAGUCGCUAGAAGAAUAUUUUGAAUGGUUCAUCCAAGGAAACGUGCCAUAUGGAUCAUGGUUUGAGCACAUCCGUGGGUGGAUGUCCAUGAGAGACAAGGACAACUUCCUGAUGCUGAGUUAUGAAGAGCUGAAGAAGGACUUAAGAGGCACUGUGGAGAAGAUCUGUCAGUUCCUGGGGAAGCAAUUAGAACCGAAAGAAGUGGAUUUAGUCCUCCAUAACAGCUCCUUCAAUGUUAUGAAAGAAAACAAGAUGACCAAGAUUAUUGAAAAACCUAAUGGUAAUAUAAAUUUUCCACUAAUGAGGAAAGGCAUCUGUGGGGAGUGGAAGGAUCACUUCACAUCAGCCCAAGCUGAAACCUUUGAUAAAGUGUUCCAGGAGAAGAUGGCAGGCUUUCCUCGAGAGCUGCUCCUGUGGGAAUAACAUCCACAGACCUUUGGGUCUUAUAUUGGUA